AUGUUGAAGACUUUGUACGGAGAAGGCUGUGACGAACAAUACCAUCUUGAGAGAGACGGUAUUGCCGUCAAUCAGGAAUCGCCAAGGAAACCCCGUUGUAAAUCCGCGGCACCUGCUCCCGUGGGAUAUGUCGUGGAUUUUGCCAAUCCGGCGAGGAAGGGGGAUAUAACGGGCUAUUGGGUUUUUGGCGUGGGAAUGGUGUUGAGUUUUGCGUUUUUGUGUAUGAGGAUUUAUACCAAGGUGGCUGUGGCGAGGAACUUUGCUACUGAGGAUGCUUGUUUGAUUUUGGCUUGGCUUGCCGGGGUAAGUGUGCAGGCUCUUCUCGUUUUCAUGUGGCUGAACAAAGCUAUUGGAGUCCAUAUAUACGAAAUGCCCGUGGAAGUAUUUAAUUUAUACACCAAAAUUAUUAUGAGCGCCUUUAUAAUAUACGUAGCUUGUCUCGGCCUGUCCAAAAUUUCCCUCCUCCUCUUUUACAACCGUUUAUCACCCAUACGAUGGUUUCGCACAGCGGUUUACUUCCUCAUGUUUGUUGUAUUCGCCUAUAGCGUCGCCUUCAUCUUCGCACUUAUCUUCCCAUGCAGGCCCGUGGCAAGGAAUUGGGAUAUUCGCAUUACCGAUGGAGAAUGUAUUAAUCGUGCAGCGAUAUAUACUGCUGCCGCGGCUGUGAAUAUAACUACCGAUAUUGCACUUCUCGCCUUACCCAUUCCAAUGAUUGUGGAUUUGCAGAUGCCCAAGAUCCAGAAGGCGGGGUUGAUUUUUAUCUUUAUGGUUGGUUCGAUGACGUGUGUAACGAGUAUAAUUCGUUUAAAGGUCAUAUUACCUCUCCUCGUAGAUAACGAUGAGACAUGGGAAGUUUCCGUUCCAUGCAUAUGGACUAUCGUAGAAGCCAACCUAGUAAUAAUCUGCGGUUCCUUCCCUAUCACGCGCCAAUUCUUAAAACACGUCGUCCCUCGCUGGAUAGGCGAGUCAUCAUCCCCUGCCGCAAACUCCAGAUACCGCAGCAGACAUCCAUAUGAUCUCGAAACCAUCGGGCACCGAUCAUCAAAGAAGAAGCGUUCACGAUACGGCAUGGAAUCACUAGACGACGGCGAUAACGAAAACGAUUUAGAGCUCGAUGGAAGAUUCGCGGAACAUAAAGUUGAGAUUGAGGCGACGGGAGGGGAGAGAAGUAGGGAUAGUGGAGAAGAAGUAGAGGAUACGGGAAGUGAAACGGGGAUUGUAAAGACGAAUGUUACGAAAGUGACGUUUUCGAAGAGAGAAACUAAUGGAUGGGAAGACAAGGACUCGCUUGCGUCAUGA